CGCAGCGGCCACGUCAGCCGCGGGGCCGCCCCGCCCUCCUCCGGCUCGGAGCCGGAUCCCGGCGCGGGCCGCCCUUCCGCCCGGGGCCGGGGGGGAGGCGCCGCUGCCCCGCGCCCCAUCCGCCGCGCGCCGCGCUCUGCUGCUCUCCCUGCAGCCCGAUUGUAACUUGUGACAUGGAGUAGGACCACCAGCAUUUUCAAGAGCUCCAUCAUACAUGCGGCUAUAUCUCUGAAUCUCAGUGGAUUUUACUGGACGCUCUUCCCAAAGCCUGUUCAAAUCAGAACCUGUAAACUUUACAAAAGCUUCAUAAUGGAGUCCUUGCUAUCCAAAGGAGAUUAUACUACAUGUUCCAAAAGGUCUUUAUUGCUAGUUUUAGUAUGUCUCAUUGUUCUUGUGUGCACUGAUCAGGACUACUAUAGUUUACUUGGAGUAUCCAAAGAAGCAAGUAGUAGAGAAAUACGACAAGCAUUCAAAAAACUGGCAUUAAAGUUACACCCUGAUAAAAAUCAGAAUGAUCCAAAUGCACAUGAAAAUUUCUUGAAAAUAAAUAGAGCCUAUGAAGUACUUAAAGAUGAAGAACUACGGAAGAAGUAUGAUAAAUAUGGAGAGAAAGGUCUUGAAGAUCAGCAGCAAGGAGGUCGUUAUGAAAGCUGGCACUAUUAUCGCUAUGAUUUUGGUAUUUAUGAUGACGAUCCUGAAAUUAUAACAUUGGAUAGAGGAGAAUUUGAUGCUGCUGUUAACUCUGGAGAACUGUGGUUUGUGAACUUUUAUUCUCCUCGAUGCUCCCACUGCCAUGACUUAGCACCAACGUGGAGGGAAUUUGCAAAGGAGAUGGAUGGAGUAAUACGCAUUGGAGCUGUCAACUGUGGAGAUAAUAGAAUGCUUUGCCGAAUUAAAGGGAUUAACAGUUAUCCCAGUCUGUACAUUUUCAAAACUGGAAUGCAACCAGUGAAGUAUUAUGGAGACAGGUCAAAAGAGAGCUUAAAGAACUUUGCCAUGCAGUAUGUUACAAGCACAGUCACUGAGUUAUGGGCAGGAAACUUUGUUAAUGCCAUUGAAACUUCAUUUGCUUCUGGCGUUGGUUGGCUGAUCACCUUCUGUGCUGAACGUGGGGAUUGCUUGGGUUACCAAACACGCCUUAAGCUAGCUGGCAUGCUGGAAGGUCUUGUUAAUAUAGGCUGGCUGGAUUGUGGGACCCAGGGUGAGCUUUGUGAUAAUUUAGAUAUCUCCUCUAGUACUACAGCUUACUUUCCACCUGGAGCCACCAUAAAUAACAAAGAGAAAGGAGGUGUUUUGUUUCUGAGCUCCUUGGAUGCCAGAGAAAUAUAUCAGGAAGUAAUGCAGCACCUGCCAGACUUUGAAAUUAUCUCUGCAGCGUCAUUAGAGGACCGUCUGGCUCAUCACCGAUGGCUGAUUUUUUUCCAGUUUGGAGAGAAUGAUAAAUCAAAAUUACAGGAAUUUAAGAAACUUAAAUUUUUACUUAAAGGUGAACAUAUUCAGGUUGGCAAGUUUGACUGUCUUUCCUCGCCAACUGUGUGCAACAAACUAUAUGUCUAUCAGCCUUCUUUAGCAGUCUUCAAAGGAAGAGGAACUGGAGAUUAUGAAAUUCAUCAUGGAAAGAAGAUCUUAUAUGACAUUGUUGCAUUUGCCAAAGAAAGUGUCAACUCACAUGUUAUGACACUGGGACCCCAGAAUUUUCCUGACAAAGAAAAGGAACCAUGGCUUGUGGAUUUCUUUGCACCGUGGUGUCCUCCUUGUCAAGCUUUGUUACCAGAGCUGAGAAAAGCAUCAAAACAUCUAUAUGGUCAGCUUAAAUUUGGAACACUAGACUGUACUGUCCAUGAAGGGCUUUGCAACAUGCAUAACAUUCGAGCUUAUCCAACAACGGUUGUGUUCAAUCAGUCUGAUGUUCAUGAAUAUGAAGGACAUCACUCUGCUGAGCAGAUCUUGGAGUUUAUAGAGGAUCUUAGGAACCCAUCAGUGGUCUCCCUAACACCAGAGACAUUUGUUGAAUUAGUUCAGAGGAGAAAACGAGAGGAGACCUGGAUGGUUGACUUCUACGCUCCGUGGUGUGGCCCUUGUCAGGCUUUAAUGCCAGAAUGGAAAAAAAUGGCCAGGAUGUUAAAUGGAUUAAUCAGUGUAGGCAGCGUGGAUUGUCAAAAAUAUUAUUCUUUCUGCCACCAAGAAAGUGUUCGGGGAUAUCCUGAAAUAAGACUCUUUCCUCAAAAAUCAAACACAGCUCAUCAAUAUUAUAGCUACAAUGGAUGGCACAGAGAUUCAUAUUCACUGAGGGGCUGGGCAUUGGGAUAUUUACCACAAGUUUCUGUGGACCUGACUCCUCAGAGUUUCACAGAAAAAGUUCUGAAUGGAAAAGAUCACUGGGUUAUUGAUUUUUAUGCUCCUUGGUGUGGACCUUGCCAAAGUUUUGCUCCUGAAUUUGAGAUCCUUGCAAGGACUGUUAAAGGAAAAGUAAAAGCUGGAAAAGUAGACUGUCAGGCAUAUGCUCAGACCUGUCAAACUGCUGAUAUCAGAGCCUACCCUACUGUUAAGUUUUAUCCCUACCAAGGAACAAAGAAAAAUGUUCUUGGCGAAUAUAUAGACAGCAGAGAUGCAAAAGGCAUUGCUGACAUCUUGAAUGAAAAAUUAGAAGCAAUUCAAAAUAAAGGAAAAAGAAAAAAAUCUAGAAAUAAGGAUGAACUCUAAGUGGUACCGGAGGUAGAUAUGAUUCAAAAUAUUCUGAAGCUGUGAAUAUAGAAGACACCAUGAGGAAAAUAUAAGGCUGAGUAUAUUCACAACAGGACAAAAGAGAACUAGUUUGCAUUCACAGGCAUAUUUGACUGGUUUAAACUGUAGGGAGAUGAAAGCAUUUUGGUUUUGGUGGAGGCAUUCAACAUUUCUGAAAAUGAAUUCCACAUGUUCCUCUUCUGAUAGACCAACUACCUUCUUCCUAGUUAAACGGGGGAGUUGACCAGAGAUGUGGACUGUAUCACUUUCGCCUACCCAUUUACUAGUUCCUUAUAUUUUUCUGUCUCUUUUCAAAUGCUUUUUGAAUGUGGCACUCAGCCUGUGGCUGAAUAUGCACUCAAACCACUCUGCAAUGCAGAAACACAAUGAGGGAUUGUCUAUUUGAGAGACAAACAGUUUUACCUGAUGAUUAUUCUGCUUUGAGGUUACAUUAUUGGCUAAUUGCUAAAGAAUAAAAUUAAGGAUAAAAGACCUGUCCUGUUAGGAUAGGCUUAUUGAAUUACUCCUGCCCUUGAGUGGAUUACUGUGUUGUGGCACUGGUGGUGGUACCUGUAUGAACAAAACUUUGAAGACUUUCUUUGGUUGUUUGGUUUGGGUUUUUAAUUUUCUUUUUAAAUAAUCAAAAAAAAAAAAAUCAAAGACUUCAAACUCAGUGUUCCAUUGACUUUCAAAAUUUAAGUUAUAUCAUAGAAGCAUCUCCUUAAGUUAUUAGGUCAUAACUUUAAUAUUGUCUUUUUAAAUAUGAACGUAUUCUGUGGGCAUAUUUAGCCUCUUUUGGUAUUACCACUUUUCCUUUCUCUGGAGACAUGUUUUGGGAGUUUUGUUAGUUUGUUUAUAUAUAAACUUUAGGCAAGCAGGAUAGCAAGUGCCUUUUUUAAUUUAAUAGUGAACACUGUACAUUGCAAGGUCUCCUCAUACAUCUUAAUAGGAUUCUCACUCUUUAGAGUAAUAUUUUUCAUAGCUUCUCAAUACACAAGAAAAAUUACAGAAGAUGACAAUGUCUGCAUUUAGGAGUUCAACGUUGAAAUGUUUCAUGUUUUCAAUAAAAUGCUGCUGAGAACAUGUCAGAUGAACCUUCCUCCGUGCUCUUCAUGUACUUGGAUUUGUGUUGACUCGUCACUGUAGUGUGAAUACUAAAAACUUGUAAAUAUGUUAUCUACAAGUAAUUUAUUUUAUAAAGAAGGCAGCAAGAAAUAGAAGGAAGAGAUUCAUCUAACUUUGAGAUAAUCAGAAAUUCUCCUAUGUUCAGGGCUGCCUCUCUCACUCUGUGGUUUUGCAGUGUGUUAAUCCAAGGAAGAAGAGAAUGUAGUGCAUCCAUUUUUUAAUGAAGAUGACCUUCCCACAUACAAAUCAAACUUCAAACUCAAAUCACAGUAAAAAAUAAAAUUUUGGUAUUUUGAGACUUUAAUACGAAGUCUAUUUUGGUCAGGUUUUGCACAUAUGCUUAACUGUUAAUUCCAUUCCCACCUCCUACUUUCUUCCUGGAGAAAGAGAUCAUGGUUUACAUACUCCAGAAUCCUUAAAUCUAAUCAAAAUCAAUCUACUUCAAGCAUUUGUACAGUUCAGGGUGUUUUUUGUUCCUGUUAAUGUGCAGUUUCUUUUAUUUCUGCUCACGGGAAUAGACUAGUAAGACAGGAAAAAAAAAAAAUGCUUCACAGCCAUCUCACAUUAAGAUGGUGACAUACAAACUUUCUGGCUUUGCUAUGGCUGUAGUCAUACUUCAGUAUUUUAUGAUGUUACUUUAGUAUUUCCUUUUGGUUUAGGCAUUUGAAGCACAUAGGUAACUACUAUGAAAAGACAACACUACUAUCGUCAUCAAAAUAUUCUCUACACUGACUUAUUAUGUCCAAGCCACUGGUUUUGAAACAUUUAGGCUGUGGAGAAGUGGAUUUAGUUUAAAUAUCAUCACAGCUCAUUUUUAAGAUUUAACUCUAUAUUAUGAUAUUCUCUUUGCAUCCAUUAUUUAAAAAUUUCUAAGCUAAAGGCCAAAUGGAUGUGUAUGGGGAUAAUUAUUUUCAGAACAGAAAGAGAGUAUGAGCUGUAGAUGAUGUAGGUUUCUAACAAGCUUUUCCAAGUUUUCAUGUUUUUUUUUUUUUGCCACCUGCCCUUUCUGGCAGUUUUCAGUAAGCAGCUUUGGGAAAUACAAAUGAGUAAUAAAAUCUUGCCUUUAUCCCUUGCCAUACAAGGAAAUAAAUAAAACCUUUUAUAUGUACUUGUAUCUCUGACCUUCUCUAAGGACAAAUUUACCUAAUUACAUGAUCCAAUUUUUUAGGUAUCAAGGGUUUAAACAGGUUAGUCAAGAUGCUUCUGGAGCAGCACUAUUUGUAAAUAAGAACAUCCUGAAGUAGUCAGGUCCCUUACUUUUCUCCUGUAGAAUGAUGGAGAUGUCAACAUUGCCUCAUUCUUCAGAAAUCAAAUUAAAACAAAAACAAAAAAAACAAAAACAAAAAAACCACCACCAAACUACAACAACCACCCAGAAUAAUCAAAAAUCUUCUCAGAAUGCAAUGAACUGUAUUCGUUAACAAAUAUUUUGGAAUAUACUCCCCCAUCCUAAAUGCCACACGUAGUUCAAGACAAAUACUUUAAGUUCAUUUCAUAUUUUUAAAGAAAACCCUUCAAAUUCACAUAUCUACGCAAUAAACCAAGUGGAAGACAAAUCCAAAACAGUACAUGAAUGAAUGCUCCAAUUUACGUUCCACUAUCCCUGCCUCCCAAGAGUAAAUUUCGGUUUCACUCUCAUGACCCACAUUGUUCUCCUUAUCCCUGUACCUACCUGUUGAUAGUGUUUAUUAUCCCUUAUUCUUUCACUCCUUUCCUAGCAUCACUCUCUAGUGUGACUGUUCAACAGGAUGGACAAGUGUGAUGACCUGAGGUUUUGACUGAAUGCUACAAAAAAAUCUUAAGUCAAAGCAGGGCACGAGCACUCCCCAGAGCCUCUCUUGCUUAUAACUUGCUGGGGUAUUAAGUAAAAAUUGGCAGCCUUGCCAGAACUUCUGAGAUUACAAGUAGCAGACCAUGAGGCUGUCUUUGUACCUUUUCCUUCUUGCAUAAUUACACAUGCACAAAGAAAGGGCAACACA